AUGGCCGCUCUAGGAGGUUUCAGCGGACCGUGGGCGUAUAAGGGAAGCCAGGCAGCGCAGGGUUACCCGGAUGGCCAGAUUGCGACUCUAUGUCUGUUUUGUGCGUCCAUUGUCGCAUAUGUCAUCCUUUGGUUUUAUUAUGGCUAUCGUAAUAAAAGAUCCAUGGCAGGAUUACAGAACCAGUCUGACUCGGCUACUGACCCCAUGAUGGCUUUCAUGGACCUUACAGACAAGGAGAAUCCUACAUUUCGUUAUACUCGAUGA